AUGGCUUGCGAAGAACUUGGCGGCACCACAGUAUCAAAACCUACACCUUCGCCGUGUUGGUGCCCCGAGACUUCGAGAACGGUUGCUUUCGAGGACGCCUCUGUGCUCACUAACAUCAUGUCCUUGCCCAUUGCUACCGGGUUGAGUGUUACGUGGGAAGACGUCGAGGCUUAUUCUGCUGAGCAUGCUCUCACUUCCGCUGCGGUCUCUACCCCAUCUACUUCAUCUUACCCAACUUCCACGUCUUCCAAGAGUGCCUCGACAACAUCGGUGUCUUCAACUUCGCCAAGCCCAACCGUAUUUACGCAAAUUUUGACCACCGGUGCUUCCUCGACCACUACGUACCCCUCCUCACCCACGCCAACGGCCGACUCAGCGACAUCAAGCAAUGGUCUGAAUACAGGUGCAAAAAUCGGGAUAGCCUUGGGUUCCGCGUCCGGCGCAAUCUUUUCGUUGCUGCUCAUCUUGCUAGCCUUGAGAUACACGAAACAGAGACAAAAGAGAAAACAGGAAGAACAAUGCAGACCACCUAUGAUGGAUCUGACGCGACCUCGUUCCGACGCCGAGAUCGACCCAGACAUGCGCAGUCCAGCAUGGUCAGGACACAAGUCUGAACUGGCAGCCGACGAGACGACGCACAUAUCACCAGCGCCGAGGUAUCAGGAAAUCAACAACAGAAACAGACAUCAGAGUGUGGAGGUCGAGGGUAGUUCGACGAGACCGCCGCCAGUACAACCAACGCGUGAUGGCGGGUACACCAUGCCUGGUCGCAAUGGAACAUAUUAUGAGAUGGGUGAUUGA